AUGGCAUUCGCGCUUCACUCCUUCUUCCUCCUCUGUGCGAUCAGCGGACUGCUGACUGGAGUCUCGUCUGUUCAAAAGACACCAGCAAAAGAUAAUAACUGUCCCAAAGGAUGGCGUCGCUUUGACUGUAAAUGCUUCAUCUACCAACCCGAUGCGAGGAUGUUUGCAGAUGCAGAGAGCGUCUGCAAUAUUCUGGGUGGAAAUGUAGUUUCCAUCCACAGUGCCGCGGAAAAUGCGUUUGUUCAUGGACUGUUUGAAGAGGGCAGGUCUUUCUUAGACUUUGCUGUCUGGAUUGGACUCCAUGACGUGUUUGAGGAAGAUAAAUUCCUUUGGAUGGAUGGCUCAGAAUUUGAUUUCGAUGGCUUUGAUGCGGAUGAUGAUGAGCCUUCGGUCAUGUCAGAGGGUGUCUGUGUAUCCUUGGAUGAGGAUGAUGCACGGUGGGACACUCGAAUGUGCACAACGGAAUUUACGUAUAUUUGCAUGACCGACGUUCUGACUCACUGA